CUCAUUUUAGGGUUUUCUCCCAGCUAUAUUAGACACAGAAAGUGUCGUUGCCGAUUUCCCAACAGGUGAGGCGGAACUCUGGAAUUACUCCGAAGCUAGGAGCGAGCAUCCGUUACAAUGGCGAGAGGAUUGAAGAAACAUCUGAAACGGCUCAAUGCCCCCAAGCAUUGGAUGUUGGACAAGCUUGGUGGGGCUUUUGCUCCCAAGCCAUCAUCUGGCCCACAUAAAUCAAGGGAAUGUUUACCCUUGAUACUUAUUUUGAGAAACAAGCUGAAAUAUGCUCUUGUAUACCGUGAAGCCAUUGCUAUAUUGAUGCAACGCCAUAUAAUGGUUGAUGGAAAGGUUAGGACUGAUAAGACAUAUCCAGCUGGUUUCAUGGAUGUUGUGUCAAUUCCUAAGACUAAUGAGAACUUCCGUCUCCUUUAUGACACCAAGGGACGCUUCCGUCUCCAUUCUGUUAGGGAUGAAGAAGCUAAGUUCAAGCUAUGCAAGGUUAGAUCUGUCCGAUUUGGACACAAGGGCAUUCCCUAUUUGAACACCUAUGAUGGUCGCACCAUCCGCUACCCAGACCCACUUAUCAAGGCCAAUGACACCAUCAAAUUUGACUUGGAGACCAACAAGAUCGUAGACUUCAUUAAGUUUGAUGUUGGGAACGUUGUGAUGGUGACUGGUGGGCGAAAUACUGGCCGUGUUGGUGUGCUCAAGAACAGGGAGAAGCACAAGGGAAGCUUUGAGACGGUUCACAUCCAAGAUGCCACUGGGCAUGAGUUUGCGACUCGCCUCGGAAAUGUGUUCACCAUUGGGAAAGGAACAAAGCCGUGGAUAUCUCUUCCCAAAGGCAAGGGUAUCAAGCUAAGCAUCAUUGAGGAGGCAAGAAAGCGCUUGGCCGCUACUGCUGGAACUGCUGCCACUGCUUAGUUCUCAUUUCUACAAUUACCUGAAUUUGCUUCCUUAGUUUAUGCUAUCUUAUUAUGCUAUCUAUCUAUCUGGUUUAUGGAGUUUGAGAACAAGAGUAUGUUAUUUCAUAGAACAUUUGACGCAAGUUGACAAUUAGCGUUUGCUGGUUCUCACAAUCGAAUUCUAUAUUAUUGCUUUGCUUCUAUUAA